AAGUCUUCAGAGAUGACAGAGAAACAGCAAAGCAUGUCAGGAAACAACACGCGGCCGUGGAUGAUUAGGCAGCAGAAACGAUAAGCCCAGUGGCUGGCUCCGCUUUCUCCUUCGGAGCUCUCUCUUGCCACUCCAUCCAUGUCCAUGCACGGCUGAAGCUGCUGCUGCUGCUGCCGCAGCCAAGAAGAAGAAGCUGCUGACGAUGGGAUGAGGCCCACGGCAGCAGCAACCAAGUCUGCUUCCUUCUUCCUCGCGAAACACCAAUCAGUUGUCCCGGCACCAUCAGCAGCGGCGGCGGAUCCACGUAAGGCAUCCAAGGAGGAGAAGACCAAGAGGUGCUCUGGCCGCCGGUCAUGGCGAGCGGCAGCGGCAGGUAGCAACGGCGGCGGCGGGGAUGAGUACAGCGGCCAGUCCGUAUCGACAACGGAAGCGGCACCGGGAAGGAGGCGGCGGGCCCGGCUGUCGGCGAGGCGGCGGGAGCGCAUCAGGCUCCUGGACGUGCUGCCGGAGCACGGUGGCGGCGGCGGCGGCGGGAUGGACAUCGGCGAGUUCCUGCGGCACCCCGCCGGGGUGGAGUCGCUGCUCAACACCAGGGCGCUGGAGAGCUUCGCGCCGGUGGAGUCGGCGGAGUCCGGCGGCAGCACGUUCCGGUGCACGCUGCAGCGGAUGGGGUUCCUAGGGUUCCAGGUCGCCCCCGUGCUCGACCUUCGCGUCGCCCCGACCUGCGCCGACUGCACCGUCGAGAUGCUUUCCUGCAAGUUUGAGGGUUCAGACUCCAUUGAGCAGCAGAACGAACUCUUUUCAGCGUUCAUGAGGAACCAUAUAACAUGGGGAGGCAAUGGUGAUGAUGAGGAGGAGCCAUGCUUGGACAUUGAUGUCAAUUUGGAGGUCACUCUCGAGGUGUACACAAAGCCUUUCAGCUUGCUCCCGUUGUCAGCAGUGGAGAAACCUGGCAACCUGCUGAUGCAAGGCCUGCUUGACAGGCUUGUCCCCAUGCUGGGUGAACAGCUACUGAGAGACUACCAUACCUGGGUUCAGCAACAGCAACAGCAGGAGGAGCAAUCAUCCUAAUUCACCCGGCAGACCAAGCUCAUGAGUUGCUGACCAUUUCGUGCCCGGGUGGCUUCAUCAAAUUGAUGUUUAAACGAUACAGUACAGAUGAUCAGGGAUUGUGACGAUGUUCAUAUAUGAUGCAAAUCUAUGAGAAUCCGGAUGCUUGAUAGUAUAUAUUAUUCUAUUGUAUCAAUACAAAAGAAUGACUCGUCCAACUUCAGGGAUCAAGAUAUUUCAGUUCUUUUU